UAUGACAAAGAGUAAACAAGGAGUCCAGGGAAAGAGGCUCUCUCUCUUCAAUGCAGCUUCUGGCUCCUUCUGAGAAUUCAAAAGAAGACUCCGUAGGAAGGAAUCAACAACCGGUACAAUUAAGACUUGGAGAGGAUGCCGUGAUGCCCCGAACCACUCCUUGAGGUGAUCAGUAAUCUGGCAUUCCUGAAGAGAAGGCUGCUUGGGACAGGCCACGCCGUUUUCCUGCCUUGGUCUCCGUCGGGAUGGUUUUUCCGUGGCUCCGACUUCCCUUCCUUUUCCUCUUCCACCUCCUGUUUGCGUCAGCCCAGCUGUGCGAAAUCCCUGCAGGAGCCCUUGAGCUCAUCCAGACCCUGAAUUCGGAGCUCCUAAAGGUGGCGGGAGAUGGGUCCCAGGAGCCAAACCCCAGCCUCUAUUUGGCCCUUCGACUCUCCAGCCAGCAUAACCUGGAGAAGGAAAGGGAGUAUCUCAACCGACUGACAGACGUCUUUCAGCCUCAAAGCAGUAGGAUGCCUUCUGAGCUCAGCCCCCGGAAGAAACCUGGGACAGGAGAGCUGGCAUUAUACCUCCUGGCACUGCGGGCCGGUUGUCAGAACAUGGAUACCCCAGAGAGGAACCGAAUCGUGACCCGGUUGAAGCUUCUCCUAAAUAAAGAAAUGAAGCAGAUUGGUCACAAGGAGAAAGGCCACCCCAUCACCAACUAUUACCAAUACAGUUUGGGGAUCCUGGCUUUGUGCAUUCACAACAAGAGGACCGAUCCCGAAGUGAUCCGCAAGCUGCUGUUGGCUGAACACAACGGCAGCUUUUAUCACCAUCAGACACUCUCCGUAGACACAGAAGCCAUGGCCGGCUUGGCUUUUGUCUGCUUGGAACAAAGCCCCACAUACCCCCACAACCUCCAGGUUGGCGUGCGCAGAGCCAGGAAACGAGCGAAAGCAAAGAUCCUGGAAGCUCGGACUCCGGACGGGGUUUAUGGGAACAUCUACAGCAGCCCCCUGGCAGUGCAGUUUUUGAGUGCUGUCGGAAUGAGGCAGAACCAACAGGAGUUCUCCAGCGGCAUGGUGGCCCUGAGGCACAGACUGGAACAGGGAGACUUCCAAAACAACCUGAUCCGGUCACAGCUGCUGCCUGCCUUGUAUUGCAAGAGUUACGUGGACAUUGCCAGCAUGGCGUGCCAAACUCAGACAGACAGUUCCAUCCCGGAUCUUUCCCUGCCGAAACCUCCGGGGAUUGAUCCGACAUGGAAUAACUCUAUCCGGCUAGAAGUCAGGAACGCCUCUCAGUUACUGUACCAAAAUGUCCUGGUGGUUCCUCGGGGAUCGACUCUUCUGGACGUCCUGGAAGCCGCAGCCCAAGAUGUUCUCCAGCCUUUGAGGUCGGUGCCUUGUUCUCAGGCUUCGGGUGGCCAAGGGGAGCGUGGCAAGAGAAUGGG